AUGGAGGAGCUGGCAGAGCAUGGUGUUUUCCUGCCUUAUAAUAUGCAAGGGCUGACAGAUGAGCAAAUCGAAGAACUGAAGUUAAAGGAUGAGUGGGCAGAAAAGUGUGUACCAAGUGGUGGAAGUGUCUUCAAGAAGGAUGAAAUUGGGCGAAGAAAUGGACAUGCUCCAAAUGAAAAAAUGCAGCAAGUUAUAAAGAAGACAAUAGAGGAAGCCAAGGCAUUAAUCUCUAGGAAACAAGUUCAGGCCAACGUGUGUGUUAAUAUGGAGACGGUGAAAGAUGCGUUGGACCAACUCCGAGGGGCUGUAAUGAUUGUGUAUCCAAUGGGAUUGCCUCCACAUGAUCCAAUUAGGAUGGAGUUUGAAGAUAAAGAAGACUUGUCGGGAACUCAUGCUGGACUUGAAGUCAUAGAAGAAUCAGAAGCACAGUUAUGGUGGGCAGGAAAAGAGCUGAAAGAAACGAAGUUGCUCUCUGACUAUGUAGGCAAAAAUGAGAAAACAACCAUCAUUGUCAAGAUUCAGAAAAAAGGACAAGGAGCUCCAGGGCGUGAACCUCUGAUUAGUCACGAAGAGCAAAAACAGAUGAUGCUGUAUUACUACAGAAAGCAGGAGGAACUUAAGAAACUAGAAGAGGAUGAUGACGACUCGUUUUUAAAUGCUGAGUGGGCAGACAACCAUGCUUUGAAAAGGCAAUUUCAUGGUGUAAAAGACAUCAAGUGGGGGCCAAGAUGAAGCUCUCCAAACACCUUGCUGCCUCUUUAAGCUCUUCGGUUGAUUCACUUGUUUGCAGUGAGGAGUUGUGUUGUUUGCCAUAGAUUCUGCAGACAGAAGCUGAAAUUGUCCCUUCCAUAGCAGAUGCCU